AUGGUUUGCUGUGGUGAUUCUUACGUGUCACCGAAAGAAACAAGGGAGCCGAUACGAUACGACCCUAAUUUCAACGGACCGAUUCACAAUCGUUCCUGUACGGAUAUUCUUUGGUUGAUCGUAUUCAUUAUCUUCCUUGGAGGAUGGGGCUACGUUGGAUAUUAUGGUUUUACAAAAGGCAGUAUUGAGAAGAUAUUAGCGCCAAUCGAUUCAAAGGGUCGACGAUGUGGUCUCGACUCAGGUCUCGAAGAUAAGAAGUAUUUAAUGUUCUUUAAUAUUGCAAAAUGUCUUUCACCUGGUACACCCAUCACGGGCUGUCCCACCACGCAGGAUAUGUAG